AUGGCAAAAUGUAUGGAAGAUACAUGGGAAGCUAUUCUCGAAGAACAGCUAGAGGAAAUUACUGUUCUUCAGUCAAUCUUUGGGGAUGAUCUCCAGAUCCUCCAAACAGGUGAUAGUUAUUCCGAAACUUCUUUUGCUUUGAAGAUCAAAGUCAACAUUCCUUUCGACACAAUCAAAUUGGAAGCUUCUGUUCCUGCCGUAACUCUAAAAAGUGGUUUGAAGGAGGAAGAAGUCUCCAGUGAUUCUAAUUUCAUUAAGAGUCAUCCUCGUGAACAAGAAAUUAAUCUGGAAGCAAGUUCUAUGGAUGAAAAUGAUCACGGCGUUUCUUCUAACAGUCUCUCAGGAUGUCCAAGAAAACCUGGUUUUACGAGGUCUGUGUCUUUGCAAAACUGGCACGUGAAUGCAGACAUUCAAUACUUGACUCCAAUACAUCUUACUUGUUCACUACCUCCACUCUACCCCACGGAGUGUCCACCUGAUUUUUCCUUGGCAUGCCUGUGGCUCACCACAAGUCAGCUACAAGUAUUGCGGGGCAAGCUGAUGCAAUUGUGGAUGGAGACUCCUGAUUUGCCAAUAAUCUUUACUUGGGCUGAUUGGUUGCAAAAUGAUGCAUAUGAGUAUUUGCAGUUGGGUAAACACCUGGUUCUGAAAGAGUCUGAUGAAAAUGAAAUUGCCCCUCAUGGUAACACCCCUUGUCAUUCGCAAGUAGGUGUAGUUUCAAGCAAAGGAUUCAACUCAAAGUGGGAGACAGUUUUGCUAACUGUCUUUGAACAUGACAUUGAGAUGCAAAAGCAAGCAUUUUGCCAAAACACACACCUCUGUGAAAUUUGCUUUGAUGAAAAGGGAGGUACAGAAUUUCAGUACCUCCAAGAGUGCAAGCACUUCUUCUGCAUUGACUGUGUGAGAGCACAUUGUCAGUUGCACAUAGACAGUGGAAAUGUAUUAAAAUUACUAUGUCCAAGCCAUGAUUGCGAGACAAAAAUUCCACCAGAAGUUCUUCAAAUGGUUUUUGAUGAUGAGAAGUUUGAGCGAUGGGAAAGGCUGCUCCUCAGCAAGACUUUGGAUGUUAUGGGUGGGGUUGUUUAUUGUCCAAGAUGUAAUAUAGCAGUUAUUGUUGAUGAAGAUGAAUCCUUGAGACUUGGCCACUGCGCAAAUUGCUUUUAUGCAUUUUGUACUGAAUGUUAUGAAUCUUGGCAUCAUGGAUUGCCGUGCCGUAUAGAAGCUGAUUUGGGUUCUAAUGAUGAAGCUGCAUGUAGCAGUGAAGAUUAUGGUGAGGUGCAUUCAGACUCAAGUGCUGCUCUACGAACACGCCCAUGUCAAGGCUGUUCUGUUAAAAUGGAUAAGGCGAAAUUUUACUACUUAUAUGAAUGCAGUCACUUCUUUUGUACAAAGUGCUUGAGGGAACAUAUUGACAGGCAUAUUAACAGUUGUGGCACUACUUUAAGAAUUCAAUGCAUAAAUCAAGCUUGCAAGGCACUAAUCUCAGAAGAAAUUAUACAAGGGAUAGUUGAUGAGGCAACAUUGCGAAUGCGCAUGUGUCGAAACUGCUCUGUUAAAAUGGACAAGGCAAAAUUUCAUUACCUUUAUCAGUGUAAACACUUCUUCUGCACAGAAUGUUUGAAGGCACAUAUUCAGUGGCAUAUUGAUUGUAGAACUUUAUUAAACAUAAGGUGCCUGUAUCCUGGUUGCAAAGCAGCAAUCUCAGUGGAAAUCCUACGUGGGAUACUCGAUGAAGAAACAUUUAGGCAGUACGAAAAACUGUUUCGUGUCAAGACUUUAGAAGAUUUGGGUGUCACUGAUGUGGACAUCUGCCCAAGAUGUACCAUGGCCGUAGUCUUUGAUGAGGAAGAGUCAUCAAGCCAUGGAACAUGUGCAUACUGUUCUUUUGAAUUUUGUACAGAGUGCUUUGAACCAUGGCACCAUGGAAAGCCAUGUUUUAAAGAAACUGACUUGACAGUUCAUGAUAAGAAAAAUGAUGAACUGAAAGGCAUCUUUUCAAAGUCCAAAGAAAAUGAUAGUAGAGAGAAUGCAGACAGGAGUGCAGUGGCUGCAGUGUCAUCUUCUGGAAGGCAAGAAAGAGAGUACAGGGAACAAAAACUCAGCAACCUAUCAUUCAUCCGGCUGAUGAGGCAACAGGGAAAUUAUCAGUCUUGUCCAAGGUGCCGCAUGGCUGUAGAAAGAAUCUCUGGAUGUGAUAUGAUGCACUGUUCACAAUGUACAGCGAGCUUUUGCUGGACAUGUGGUAUGUGUAGUGAGUACAGUUGUACUACUUCAGUCUACUUGUACUUUACGAUUAAUCACCCGCAGAUAAGCAGCACCUUACUUUGUUUUUCCCUAAAAUUAUCCUCUUCAAUAGUUUUUAAUGUGGCUGACCUCCGAGAAAAUCUUUUCAAGCAAUUUUAUGGCUCAAAUUGCAUUUUUGUGUCCUUUGUAAGUUCUGGCUGUGGUACUGAAUCUUCAAUAAAUUAAAAUAAUUAUGACUUAUUUUGAUAAUUCAAAGAAAUCUCAUUACAAAUAUAAAUCAAUAAUUUUUCAGUUAUAAAAUCAUCAAUAGUACAACAACAAUAACAAUAACAACAGUAAUAGUGAAACAUUGUGUAAGAUUUUUGGUGUUCCUCUCAGCCUUGCCUUGGGGAAUAUUGAGGCUCUGUAACACAGAAACCUGUACUCUAUUUUGCGGAAUGUGAAAUGAUCAAUCUACAUAUUUAAUAAAAUUUGUUUAAAAUUAUUUAUUUUCUGACAGCACCUGCUGUACAAUAGAAUGCCUCCCCCUCCAAAAAAUGGCUUCAUUGUGUGGAUUGCAAUGUGUGUUUAGCUUCCUGAACUGUGUGACACACUAAUAUUAUUGGUACUGGUCACAACUCUAACCAUUUCAGUGGUAGAUGCAGACUUGGGGUAAAGGGGCUCAGUCUGGACGAACUACAUGUAAAGUACUAGGCAGCCCAUCUGACCUGCAGGUCUUUUAGUCUAAGAUUAAAGGUAUAACUGAAUUAUAGUUUUUUGGACCCAUAUUAUUAUUAUUAUCAUUAUCAUUAUCAUUAUCAUUAUCAUUAUCAUUAUCUUUAGUUAUCGUUAUCGUUAUCAUUAUCAUUAUUAUUACUAUUAUCAUUAUCAUUUUUACUUUUUUGGUAGGUAAAGAAAUUUCAGGAUAUGACCACUUUCAGUAUUGUGGAAGACAGGAAGUAAGGUUACCGCCUCAACAGCCAGCACCAACAGUGAAAGCAACAGAAGAGAGUUUACCAGUAACUGGACGAGCUGAAAAGGACAACCCAAAGGCGAAAGAGCGCACAAGACUUUGUCCCCGUUGCCAUCAGAAGUGUCUUAAAGUCAACAACAACAACCACAUGAAGUGUUGGAACUGUAAAACACCCUUUUGUUACCAGUGUGGCAAGGUAAUUAAGGGGACAGUGACUAUGCACUUCGCUACUUCAAGUUCAUGUUCCCAACAUUCUGAUGAGUAAUGAUGCAAGGACUCCUGUGGCAUCAUUAGAGGCCUAUAGAUAAUUUAUUUCGAGGACGAGAACGACUACGAGUGCGAGAUUUGACUGGAAGUCUUUUCGAGUAUUCUCAAAAAUAGUCACCCCAGUAAGCGUCAUUGUACUUUUGAUUCA